AAUUUUCUAUUUAAUCAGCAGAAUUGCAGGUGCAAUUGAACUAUAAAUCUAAAUCUUAAAGAUGAAAUUAAUUUCUACGUUGUUCGUACCGGCCUUAAUAGUUGUCCUAGUGGCUUAUAAUCCUUCCACUGAGGCUAAAGCCCUGUUAGGGUUAUUUGGUGGAAGUAGUAGUGGAGGAUCUACUAGUUUACUUGGAGGAGUGCCUUUAGUGGGCGGCUUACUUGGUGGUUCUGGAACAACCUCAGGUGGAUUGGUAGGAGGCUUACCUGUGGUAGGUGGUGUACUUGGUGGUUCGACAGGAUCUUCGGUUGGCGGUAAUUUACUUGGCGGUCUACCUUUGGUAGGUGGCUUAGUUGGAGGAUCAACAAGCACCAGUGGUGGUGGUUUACUUGGAGGUUUAGGUGGUGGACUUUUAGGUGGCGUAGUUCAAACAGUUGGAAAUACUGUUGGCAACUUAGCUGGCACUGCCCUUAACGUAGUUGGUACUGCUGCUAAUCUAGUUGGAAAUACACUAGCAGCCGCUCUUAAUUUAGUCACUGUUAUACCCGCUACUGCCCUAAAUAUCCUUACCGGUACAUUAGGUUCUGCACUUGAUUUAAGUGGAAAUUCUCCUAUUUCAAUUGUAAGUUCACUUGGUACCGUGUUGGGAGAUUCGUUUGGCGGAAAUGCACCAGCUGGUAUUCAGUCUACUGUUAUAGCUCAAGGUAGUGAAAUAGAUUCACUAUUGGCUAUACUUUAUAACGCAGUACAACUAAAGAACGAGUUGGAAGAAAAAUUAAAAACAGCUGUUGGAGCAGAAAAGGAUGCUCUUAUGGUUAAAUAUAACCAACAAGUUGCUAUUAUCACUGAUCUUGAAGAACGUUUAACACAAAAAUCAUCUGGCUUAAAACUUCUAAUUGAUUCCGCUAACAAUGUUGCUGCUCAACUUCCUAAAGUUACUCUCCUAGAAAGUCAGGUUGCUGAUCUAAAGGCUCAGUUGGCUGCCGCUUCAGGUGCACAAAAGGAACAAAUAACAAUUACACUUAAUGCCCAAGAGACUGCAUUAGAUAAGAAAUAUAGUGAUUUACUCAAUCAAUUGAAAGCAUUUAUCGAAAGUGGUUUGGACAAUUGUAUAAAAACUAUACAAACAACAGGUCCUUAUUUGCCUGCCGAUAUGAUGUCUCUUUUAAGCAACAAAUUAAAUACUAUAACAUCAAAUUUGAAUAGUGCCUUUGGUGAACAAAUACCCAACUUGGGUGGUCUUAUACCUGAUUUGGAUGGUCUUAAGGCAACAUUGGUUGCUUUAGCCCAAAAUCUUCCUGCUCAAUUGUCACAAGUGAGUGAUUUAAUAAACACCAUAGCUGGUUUAAGCCAAAAAUUCCCCACAGCUACACCCGAAGAACAAGCAGCUAUUUCUGCUGCUUACCAACAAUCCAUGGCUGCCUUAAAUGACAAUUUGUCUGCGGUAUUAGGAACAAGCUCUUCCAUAAAAGGAUUUGUUUAUUUAGCAAAACUAAUUUCAGCUCGUUUGUCCGAUGUAAAUGCCUUAAAACAACAGUUAACAACUGCUUCAGCUGAUCAGAAAGCUCAAAUUGCCGCACAAUUGGACCAAAGACAGAAAGAACUUAAUGCCAUUAUUUCGAAAAUGUUGCAAUUGACCCAAACUGUUGCAAACGAUAAUACUGGAACUAUUAGUAUGAAUACAAUUAACAUUUUAAAUAAUGGCCUUUCACCAUUGUUAUCGUUAGCCAAGGUUGGAUUUGAAACUGUUUUAAAUACCGCAGGUGCAGCAGCUGGUUUAGCUGCUGGUAUAGUUAACGGCGCAGCUAAUUUAGUUAGCAAUGCAGCAGGAACUGUAGUUAACGGCGCAGCCAAUUUAGUUAACACUGCAGCAGGAACUUUGGUUAAUGGUUUCAACGGUUUUACAUCUGGUUUGACUGGAAAUAUUGUGCCCGGUAGUAACAUGUAUAUCAGCGGUAGCGCUUCACCAACUGUUACUUACACUAGUAGCAUGAUACCUGAUUCCAGCUUCUGGUAUUAGCUACACCAGCAAUGUAGUCCCAUCUUCUGGUAUGACAUACAGCAGUAACAUGGUUCCAGCUUCUGGUAUGACAUACACCAGCAAUGUAUUCCCAUCUUCUUCUAUGACUUACUCCACAGUAGGUUAAUCCAGCUCCUUUAGCUGAAUAGUAAUUUUAACGCUUUUCUUUAUAAAUGUGUUGAGCUCUUACGAAAUGUUAAUUAUUAUCUUUUAUAAUAAGAAUUUAAAAUAAAUAACGAAUUGAAUAUUCUUAAAA